AGCAUAUUUCCGCAAGACCCAACAAUGUUUGAGAGAACUUUAAGAAGCAAUCUUGAUCCACUUGAAAAGUACACUGAUGAACAGAUUUGGGAGGUUUUAGAUAGAUGCCAGCUUGGUGAUGAAGUUAGAAAGAAGGAAGGGAAGCUUGAUUCUAUAGUGGCUGAGAAUGGAGAGAACUGGAGCAUGGCUCAAAGGCAACUAGUUUGUUUAGGGCGGGUAUUGCUCAAGAAGAGAAAAGUGUUAGUACUCGAUGAAACUACUGCAUCAGUGGAUACUGCGACUGACUAUCUAAUUCAGCAAACUCUUAGAUAACA